AUGGACAAAUAUUUCCAUUUCCACAUGGAUCAUAGCCAUGAUACUGAAAAUUACUGGCACUUGAAGGGCGAGACAGAAAGUAUGAUCCGAAGAGGAUACUUGGGUCGCUUUGUGGACUGCGAAAAGGAAGACCCCCAAGACGACAAUGAUCGGCGAGACAACCACCAGAGAGAGGGCAAGGGUUGUCGAGAAAGUAGGGGACCAGCUUGUAGAGACAACCAAGAGCGGCGAAGAGACCGAACACCCAAAAGGACUAACCCUUGCCCCCAAGACGACCAGACGAUAAUGAUCAGUGGAGGAAUGGCUGUGGGAGAAAGCUCUGUUUUGACCAAAAAGGCCAAGGCCUAUGCAAGAAGCGUACAUGUGACCGAAUGGUUGAAUAAGAAGGCGAAGAUAGGGACAAUGAUCUCUUUAUCGGACGACGAUCUGGAAGGAGUACAGACGCCUUAUGACGAUGCCCUAGUAAUCACCAUGACAUUAGCCGACAGCAGGGUAAAGAGGAUAUUGGUGGAUAAUGGUAGCUCAGUUGAUAUCCUAUUCCUCGAAGUUUUUCAAAAGAUGGGCUUGAGUAAGGAGAAGCUGAAGAAGGUCGAACACCCAUUACAGGGGUUCUCAGGAGCUUCGGUAAAAGUUGAGGGUUCAUAUGAAUUACCGGUGAGAGCUGGUACUAGGGAUCGCCAUGUCACGGUUAUGAUAAUUUUUCUCGUGGUCGACAUUACCUCCGCGUAUAAUGCCAUACUAGAAAGAGUUAGAUUGAACCUACUGAAAGCCAUUGUCUCCACAUCGCAUCUCAAGAUGAAGUUCCCUACGAAGAAUGGGGUCGGGGAAUGCCGAGGCGACCAAAAAACAUCUCAAAGAUGCUACGCCACAACCCUGUGGGGGAAAGAAAAGGCGGGUGAAGCACUUCCAAUAGAAGGCCUACGCAAUGACCCCAAUCAUCAGAGAGGAGAACUGACUGAGGACCUAAUCUAA